UGUGCGCACGGCGGGCAUGGCGGGCAUGGCGGGCCGGCUGGAGCCGCACCUGCAGGCCCUGCGGCGGGAGCUGCCCGGCCCCGCCGUGCUCUCCGUGCUGCUGGCGCUGCUCGUCGUCGCCGUCACCAUCCUGAUCUGGAGGGCGGUGCAGGGCAGGAGGAGCAGCCGGAGGGCGGUGCUGCUGCUGGGCCUCUGCGACGCGGGGAAGACGCUGCUUUUCGCCCGGCUCCUGACAGGCAAAUAUCGUGACACCCAGACCUCGAUAACCGACAGCUCAGCUGUGUACAGGGUCAGCAGUGACAAGAGCACUAACGUGACCUUAAUCGACCUUCCAGGCCAUGAGAGUCUGCGGCUUCAGUUCCUGGAGAGGUUCAAGGCUGCAGCCAGAGCCAUCGUGUUUGUGGUGGACAGUGUGGCCUUCCAGAGGGAGGUGAAGGAUGUGGCAGAGUUCCUGUACCAGGUCCUGGUGGAUGGCACCGUCCUCAAAAACGCUCCCGCGCUGCUGAUCGCCUGCAACAAGCAGGAUGUCACCAUGGCAAAAUCAGCAAAACUUAUUCAACAGCAGCUGGAGAAAGAGCUCAACACCUUACGAGUGACCCGCUCUGCAGCCCCCACCAGUCUGGAUGGCUCAGCCACUGGGGUCCCUGCCCAGCUGGGAAAGAAGGGCAAAGACUUUGACUUCUCCCAGUUGCCCAUGAAGGUGGAAUUCGUGGAGUGCAGCGCACGGGGCAGCAAGGGAGAGGAGGGAGAUGCUGACUUCGAGGGCCUGGAGAAGUGGCUGGCCAAGGUUGCCUGAAGGGAGAAGGGCAGGGCUGGAGGGAGGGCCCUGGGGAGGCUGGGGGACAGGACACUUGGGGACUGAAAAGAACAAGGUGGUUUGAAGCUCUCAGAUCUCAUCUUGCUGUAGAAAGAAGAAGCUUAAGCUGGAAAGCAAUGUGUCUUCCUCUGCUGCUUGUGGGCUUGGGAGCAACGUGACACGACUGCUGGUGCCCCUUUCCUCUGUCUCUGUCACACUGCAACAGGUUUUUCCUCCCCCCUCUGCCUUUGUCUUCCCCUGGGAUGCUGACCCUUUGGGCUUCUGCAUUUCCUUAAUCUUUAGGCUUUUCUUUUUGUAGUUGCUAGGCAAAUGAGGAAGGAGUGCACUGCCAGCUGAGUUUGUCUUCUGCCUUGGUUGAACCUUGCAACCCUGUGACCCCUUGGAGCUGCAGUCCCCUCCUGAUCCACUUCUUUUCCUUAGCCUCUUGCUGCCUAGGAUCACUCUGCACAUCAUCUUUGCUGUCCCAGCCUGGUCUCCAGGCUCUGUUGGACAAUCAUUGAGGAGAGUGUAAGAAGCUGUUGACCUCUGUCUCCUCCCUUCCUGUUCUUCCAAAGUGGUGCCAGUCCCAUCUCUGUGGAUCUGGACUGGUCUGUUCCAUGCCAAACCCAGGCUCACUGCCCUGCCAGUGUCUUGCUGUGGUGUCCAUGGUUUCCACUGCUGGAUAAUUCUUGAGAGUUUUUCUUUAACUAAGGGCUGUGUCCCCCCCACAGAUGUUCAGGAACACUCUCCAAGUGGCAGAGUUGGGUCUUACAGGAAGGUCUUAGCUUGAAGCUCUGAGGUGGGCAUGUUUGUAGGUCCAUACCUACAUGGUGGGUGAGAUCUGGCAUGAGAGGCAUCUGCUGAGCAGUCCCCUGCCUGGCUCCUUCAGGAAGGUGUUUGAUGUGUGUUGUGUCAGCAGUUGUGGCAAAGUGAGAGGGAAAGUCAAGGAGCUGUUGGCAUGUGAGUGGGGUUCCUCCUGAGGAAGAUGUUCCACGAAGAGGGGAAGGAGACUGAAGAUUGGUUGGUCUGGUUUGUGGUGUUCAAAGCCAAAGCUUCUGCUGUUGGAUCUUGCAGGGAGGGCUCAGGGAAUGGCUGUCACUAGCUGUGGCAGUGGACUCAGCAGGCUUUGGAGUGUUGGAGGCCUCUGAUCCAGCAUCCUCCUGAGCUUUCCAGGGGACAUCUGCUCUCCUCCUUCCCAUGCUCAGGCCAGGAGCAUCAGGGAGAUGAUCCAGCAGCAUUGGUGUUGGGCAGAUGGGAGCCAAGCCCCUGGUGCUGAGCUGGAUGUUCAGCUUCCCAUUCUGCCCAGCCUUGAAGCACAGCAGCAGUUUCAGGCUCAGAACUGCCCUGCCCAGCAGCUUCCCAUGGCUUUGUGCUCCAUGGGGACCUGUUGCUGUGCAGCACCUGGGAGAGGAUGGUUGCUCUCCAUGCUGCACAUGGUGAGGUUCUGUGGCAUUGGAACCUGUUUUGUUGCUUCCCCUUUUGUUUCAGGGUAGGAGGGAGCAGCUGGCUCCUGCUAGACCUUUUUUUGUCCUUUGCUGACUCCUCUCCUCUCUGGUUUGAUGUUUCCUCAGCUGAUCUGUUUUCUUUUCCUGCCUGUCUGGGGCAUCCUCUGCCUCCCUUGUAGCAUUGCCAAGCGUUAGGAAUGCUGGGAAGACCAGGAACAGUCCUCAACAAAGGCUCAUAUAAUGAAGCUGGGCCUUGCAUUUCUAGUCUUAGGAACCCAGUGGCUCUUCUGCUGUCCAUGCACAAGGUGGCAAGGGUUAUAUUUACAAAGUAUGUUAUGUUCUUACCUUUCCUGCAGUUGGCACAUGUUUGUCAGGCCUUGAACUCCUUCAGCUGGAGCUCCUUCCUAGGCUGCCUGCUUUGAAUCCCUCAUGCUGGGGAUAUUGCUCUUGCUUUGGGUGGUUAUUCUGCUUGCUCUUGGAAAGCAGGGGCCAAGCACCAGCCUCUGCUGGCUGAUGGGGGAAGUAGUGUGAGGCCAGGGUUAGUUUAAGUGACUAGAAGUAUUCCUUAAAUACAUUUUUUUAUGCUUAAA